AUGACUGCUACUGAAGUUCAAAAAGCUAGAGCCGCAUCUGUUUUCAACAGAGAAUCUCUAGAAAGUAUUUUAAGAGGUAGAUUCUUCUACGCUCCAGCUUUCGACAUCUAUGGUGGUGUUUCCGGUCUAUAUGAUUACGGUCCACCGGGUUGUGCUUUCCAAGCCAACGUUGUUGAUACCUGGAGAAAGCAUUUCAUUUUAGAAGAAGAUAUGUUAGAAGUUGACUGUACUAUGUUAACUCCUUACGAAGUUCUAAAGACUUCUGGUCAUGUUGACAAAUUCUCUGAUUGGAUGUGUAGGGAUUUAAAAACCGGUGAAAUAUUCAGAGCUGAUCAUCUUGUUGAAGAAGUCCUUGAGGCACGUUUAAAGGGUGAUAAAGAAGCUAGAGGUAUUGCUGCUGAUCCAGAAGAAGAAGAAAGUGCAGACAAAAAGAAGAGAAAGAAGAAGGUCAAGCAAAUCAAGGCUAUUAAAUUAGAAGAUGAUGUUGCUAAAGAAUACGAAAUGGUCCUAGCCAAGAUUGAUGGUUACUCAGGUGAAGAACUAGGUGAAUUGAUGGUUAAAUACUCUAUCAACAACCCAGCCACUGAUGGCCCAUUGGAACCACCAAUGGCCUUUAACUUAAUGUUCGAGACUGCUAUCGGUCCUUCCGGUCAACUAAGAGGUUUCCUAAGACCAGAAACCGCUCAAGGUCAAUUCUUAAACUUCAACAAAUUGCUAGAAUUUAACAACAGUAAGACACCAUUUGCUUCUGCUUCCAUCGGUAAGUCUUUCAGAAACGAAAUUUCCCCAAGAGCUGGUCUAUUGAGAGUUCGUGAAUUCUUAAUGGCGGAAAUUGAACAUUUCGUAGACCCAAUGGAUAAAUCUCACCCUAAAUUUGGAGAUGUCAAGGACAUUACCUUAUCCUUCUUACCACGUGGUGUCCAAGAAGCUGGUUCUACCGUACCAAUUACCGAAACUAUCGGUAAAGCUGUUGAGAGUAAAAUGAUUGAUAACGAAACUCUUGGUUACUUCAUUGGUAGAAUUUACCAAUUCUUAGUUAAAAUUGGUGUUGAUAAGACCAAAUUGAGAUUCCGUCAACAUAUGGGUAAUGAAAUGGCUCAUUAUGCUACUGAUUGUUGGGAUGGUGAAUUGCUAACCUCCUACGGUUGGAUCGAAUGUGUUGGCUGUGCUGACAGAUCUGCUUUUGAUUUGACUGUUCACUCUAACAAGACUAAAGAAAAGAUGGUCGUAAGAGAGAAAUUAGAAACUCCAAUCGAAGUCACUAAAUAUGAAAUCGAUUUGACAAAGAAAUUGUUCGGUCCAAAAUUCAGAAAGGAUGCCCCAUUGGUUGAAAAAUUCUUAUUAGAUUUAUCUCAAACCGAAUUAGAAGCUAAGGCUUCUGAAUUAAAAUCUAACGGUAAAGUUGUUUUCCAAAUCAACGGUAUCGAAGGUGAUGUCGAAUUAGAUGACAAGUUCAUUAAUAUUGAAAAGAGAACCAAGGUCGAGCAUGUUAGAGAAUAUGUACCAAAUGUCAUCGAACCAUCUUUCGGUAUUGGUCGUAUCAUCUACGCUGUAUUUGAACAUUCUUUCUGGAACAGACCUGAAGAUACCGCUAGAGGUGUCCUAUCAUUCCCACCAUUAGUUGCUCCAAGUAAAGUCCUAUUGGUUCCAUUAUCCAAUAACAAAGAGCUACAACCUGUCACAAAGAAGGUUUCUGAUAUUCUAAGAAAAGCUCAAAUCCCAUUCAAGGUCGACGACUCUGGUGUGUCUAUCGGUAAGAGAUACUCUCGUAAUGAUGAAUUAGGUACCCCAUUCGGUGUUACCAUUGAUUUCGAUUCUGUCAAGGAUGGUUCUGUCACCUUAAGAGAAAGGGACUCUACACAACAAGUUAGAGGUUCUGUUGAAGACAUUAUCAAGGCCAUCAAGGAUAUCACUUACUUUGGUGUCUCUUGGGAGGAAGGUACCAAGAACUUGGAAGUCUUCACCUCUUCCCAAUAA